CGAAUUAAGAUUAACGGCCGUACCAGAUCUGUGGGUGCAUAAUAAAUUACUUUUUUGGCCAAAGAAGUCAGCAGAUAAAUUAAGGAGGCAGGAAAAUAGUUCACCUGAUGCUUCUUGGGAAAUCAUGUCAUGUGAUGUAAAAAGAAAAAAUCUUAAAACAUUUCAAGAGGCACAGGAUGAAAUUGAUACAAUGAGUGACAAAUCAGAUACUGAAACUGACGAAGGAGAUACGAACCGUCGAUCAUUACGCAAGGAAAAAUAUCCCUUGCCAGAUAAAUCUUUCAACGAAUUGGCGAAGACUUUAACAGAUAAUCAUAAUCAAAUGCUAAGUACCACAACACCAGUCACUCAAGUAGCCCAGAAAUCCCAAGAAGACACAAAUUGCUGUUUUGUGCCCCAAGACCAGAUUGUUGGUACAGUCGAGGGCAAUAUUCCUGUCACAAUUCCGGAAUCGAAUUUCCUCUUUUAUACACAUACAGAACCGGAAAUUUCAACACCAACUAACGAGAUUGAAGCUAUUAAGGAGAGCAUAGCAACCAUUAUAGCCAAUCAAAAUUCCUUACAUGAAAUCCAAACUAAUAUGUGUGUAAAGAUCUCAGAAAUACAAACAGAGCUAAGAUCAUUCAUAAAAAUGAGCGUAUCACAAAAAAGAGUUGACGAAGAGCCAACUCUAAUAAAAAAUAUCAAAGACCUUGAGGAAUUUGAAAAAAAUCUAUCAAAUAGAACAUUCAAAGAUAACAUGUUGAUGAAAUUUGUCGGUGUGUGUUCUAAAGGUUUGGGCAAAGGCGGCGUAAAUGCCUACCACUUGGUCGAUUCUUUGUUUGAAAGAAAUUUUCUUAAGCAAUGUACGUGGACUGGCUUUUCCAAGAAAGAAGCAGUAAAAAUAUGUUUUAAAGCGUUUACGAGAACGAUUUCUCUUUUUUUUGAUAUUAUCCACGCAACAGAUGAAAGUUUUACAAAAGUGGACUGCGAUAAAUUUUUUAAAACUAUUUUGAAAAAUGCUCAUAAACGCAGCGAAAGCAAUCAGAGGAUGUCGGCUCCAAAAGUUAGAGUAAUAAAGAGAAAAAGGACAGCAAAAACUCUUCCAAUAGAUGUGCCGAUUGAGAAUGUUAACGGAGAGGGCUCCGGUCAAAACAGCGUCGAGACUCCCGAUUUAAACAAUGAAGAGAGAUCUGACCAAAAUGAUGUUGAGAUUUUCUAUCAAAGUGAUGAAGAGAGGCCUGAUAAAACGACGAAGGGAUGUCCGACUAAUUGAGUACGUAGUUAAUGUUUUCAUAUAAUGUUUACACACCUACAUUUGGUAACUCGAUUCAUUUUUUGUCGCUGAUUUUUGAAUAAUCCUAGAUUAGGUGGGAAUAAUUAAUUAUUGAUGGUGAUAUUACUUAACAAGAGGUUAAGUUUUCAUAGUUGUUAUUUCUAAGUUUAUUUUAAAGUUCCUUUGGUAGCUAAGACUUGUUGGUUGAAUAAAAGAGCACCUAUUUAACUAAACGUGAAAAAAGUGAUUUUUGAUGUACCUAUAUAACAAAAUUUUGUAUUGUAGUACUUAUACCUAAAAUUAAAAAGCAAACAAGCUAUGUAGAAAAUAGUAGUACCAAUAGUAAAAGCUGUUUGUAUUGAUGAAUGCUAUCAUCUGCUUAUGGGAUCAAAACCUUCGAAACGGGUUGGAAGAUUUUUGUGUGGAGCCUGAGGGGUUGCGUCCCACCUACAACUUUUCUUGUGAAAAGUCGUAGCCAUUGAUGGAACUUCCAUAAAUCGAUAGAUUGUUUCAAUACGAAUCGAAACUGAAGAGUGAUAAAAUCUCUUAAAGUGUCACAUUUCCGAGAUACAGGCCAUCAAACGUUCUAAUAUUGGAGUUUUGAAACUUUUGACAGCCUUUACCUUGGAAAUGUGAGAUUUUAUCACUCUUUAGUUUCAAUUUGUAUUAAAGCGAACUAUCGAGUUAUGGAAGUUCCAUCAAUGGCUGCGACUUUUCACAAAAAAGUUGUAGGUAGGCCGGGCCCAACCUAGGCCAAAUGCUGUUUUUACCAUAGUUUUGUAUAUUUUUUUUAAUUUGUUGGAAUUGUGAGUUUUGUUCAUUAAUUUUUAAGCACAUAAUUUUUUAAUGUUAAAUUUUUUAACUUUUUUUGUUUAACCUACAACUAUAGAGUAUUUCGUUAGCAUAACUUAGUAAUCUGACGAAUUUUGGCUAUUAAUUUUAAAGUCACGUUUGGUUAGUCAAAAAUUAUAUUUAUUUUUAUCUAUAUGUAAGCAUAAAUAAAGGAAAGGAAGUAUUUGAUACACAAGAUACUGAAGGACUUGUAAUUGUGAUAAAUGAUUGUGACUGUUUCUUGUCAAUAUGCUAAAGGAAAGGAACGUGAUUACCUCAUUGAUUAUACCUUUUAAGAUUGAUUUUGGUCUCGCUUUAAGAUUAUUGUAAUAAAAAAAAUUGUUAUUGAAAUAAUAAAACUUUAAUUUUGAUUA